UUAUGUAUAUUUUUAAAUUUCCACGUGCCGACUGCCGAUUGUGGCGAUUGUGCUGCCGCAGUUGAGAAUUCGCGCGAUCCGUUUGAUAACGGCGACCGAAACAUUUUGUACGAUUGUGUCUUAUCAGUUUCCGAAUUUGAAUGUUAACAUUGUUAACCCACCGCCUUAGCGGCAGAGCCCACAGGUAGGAAAAUCACCACCGACUGAUCGUAGUUUAAUAUUAUUAUAUCGUCGUUGGACUUGGUGCUCACUGCGACUACCUGUAUGCCGCGUGUAGUUUGAAAUAAAAAUCGUUUUAGACCAAUGGCAUUUUUACACUGUCCAUUUGCAUGAUAUUUUUACAGUUCAAAGUUCAGUGUUAGUUUCCAACUUCUAAGUUAGUAAGUUCAUUGAAUACGUUUUAAUUUUUAUACCCAUUAGCAGUUCAUAAUGCGUUUGUUCAACACCUUUUUACGACCAUCGACAGGCGUUCGAAACAUUUCCGGUUUGAUAUUGCCCGAGACCCAUUCAAAACUGAAGAACGUUUGUCGCGAAUUUUCAGAAACUGAAUUGCGUCCAAUCGCUGCAACACUAGACAAGGAACAGAUGUACCCUUCUGAUCAAAUAAAAAAAUUGGCAGACUUAGGAAUUCUAGGGGUUGUGGUUGAUAAGAAAUAUGGCGGUUCAGGAGCUGACUCUCUUGCAUUGUCAAUAGCAGUCGAGGAAAUAUCCAGAUGCUGUGGUGGAACUGGUUCGAUUGUAAGUAUUCAUAAUGCUCUAUAUGCAGGAAUAUUAAACAAAGUCGGUACUCCUGAACAAAAGUCGCAAUUUCUACCAGAUUUUAUUAGUAAAGGUAUUGUUGGAUGUUUUGCUCUCAGUGAACCAGGAAGUGGCAGUGAUGCUGCUAAUAUGCACACAAUAGCAAAACGCGAAGGAAAUCAUUGGAUAUUAAAUGGUACAAAGGCUUGGGUGACUAAUGGUAUUGAAGGAGGUGCAGUUAUUGUGAUGGCUCGUUCUGAUGUUAUUAAAAGUCAUAACGGUGUAUCAGCAUUUAUUGUACCAACAAAUACACCAGGUUUAACAAAAGGUAAAAGAGAUGAUAAAUUAGGCAUUAGAGCUGCAUCUUCUUGUAAUAUUAUUUUGGACAAUGUUAUUGUACCAACUGAAAAUAUGUUGGGAAAUGAAGGUGAUGGUUUUAAAAUAGCCAUGUCAGGAAUUGAUUUGGCUAGAAUAGGCAUUGCAUCACAAGCAUUAGGGAUAUCACAAGCAGCAAUGGACUGUGCAAUCAAUUAUGCCGGAAACCGAACUGCUUUUGGUAAUGCUAUUAUUAAACUUUCAGCUGUGCAGCAAAGGCUUGCUAAAAUGGCAACACGGUUGGAAGCUUCUCGACUCUUGACAUGGAAGGCUGCAUGGUUAAGAGAUAAUGAUCGACCUUUCACCAAGGCAGCAUCUAUGGCCAAGUUAGAUGCAUCGCAAACAGCUACAUAUGUUACACACAAUUGUAUACAGAUUCUCGGUGGAAUGGGUUAUAUCGCCGAUAUGCCUGCCGAACGGCAUUACAGAGAUGCGAGAAUAACUGAAAUUUAUGCGGGCCCAACAGAUAUUCAAUAUAUGGUUAUUGCUGAAAAAUUAGCAAAAGAAUAUGGGUAUAAAACUAGAUAAGACUUAAAUAUUAAAUUCCAUUUUUUACUUGGUUGUGGACAUUUUGUUUUUGUUUAUUAUUAUUUAUGUUAUAAUCUUAUUAUAUGUUUAUCACUGAAAGUUGUAUUUUUCCACUUGUAUACAUAUAUUGUAAAUGCUAACUAAUAAUUAGCAUAUUUUACUAUUUGAAUAACUACAAAUUAACGGUAAGCAAAAAUCACUUUAAAUGAUUGAACAAAUUAAUACACAUAUCAGAUAUUUAAUAAU